GCAGCGGGUGGAUGUAGAACGUUGCGAAAAAGACUGGCCACGGUAGCUGUGUGAUUAGGACAUGCAGCACGUUCAUCAGGUCAUUACCAACGCCUUGAAGAAACUGACCUAUGCCAAGUAUAUUACUGACAAGGUCGAGACCGUGGCGGCUACUCAAAAGGGAGUCGCCCAGUUCGAGCUUCUGCUGGAGAAGGAGGACUGCGACCUGCACGGCACUCUGCACAACGGCACGGCAAUCGCCCUCGUGGACCUGUACACGUGGGCGACGGCUUGUACGCUGUACGAUGAAGGCACGCCUUUCACAAGUCUCAACAUCCAGGCCAGGUUUCUGGCUCCAGCGAUGCUUGGAAACGUCAUCGUAAUGAACUCCCGAGUGACCCACCGCGGCGGAAGGAUUGCUUUCGUCGAAAUGAACAUUCUCGACAAGACCACAAAGCGGAUCCUUAUCCAAGGAACUCACACUUUGUUCAACUUGUCCACAUGAACUUCCCGAAGUUUUCAAACUAAUGGUCGAUGAACGCCCAAU